CCGGUACCGGCACCGCCACCGCGCGGGGCCACCGGGACCAGCCCGGGACCAGCACCGGCACCGGCCACAGCCCCGGGACCACCGGGACCGGCACCGGGACCACCGAACCCUCCCUCGGGACCGGCCCCGGGAUCACCAACAGCCCCCGGGACCACCGGGACCAGCCCGGGACCACCGAACCCACCCCGGGAGCGCCGGGACCACCCGGAGCCAGCCCGGGACCGCCGGUACCGACCCCAGGACACCGAACCGACCACCAGCCCCCGCCCCGGCCCCGCCAUGAGCGCGCCGGGCGGGCGGGGCCGCGCCGAGCCGGCCGAGCCCGCCGAGAUGCCGGCCACCGAGAAGGACCUGGCGGAGGACGCCCCUUGGAAGCGGAUCCAGCAGAACACCUUCACCCGCUGGUGCAACGAGCACCUCAAAUGCGUCCAGAAGCGCGUGGGCAACCUGCAGACCGACCUGGGCGACGGGCUGCGCCUGAUCGCGCUGCUCGAGGUGCUGAGCCAGAAGCAGAUGGGCCGCAAGUACAACGCGCGCCCCACCUUCCGCCAGAUGCAGCUGGAGAACGUCUCGGUGGCCCUGGAGUUCCUGGAGAGGGAGAACAUCAAGCUGGUGUCCAUCGACAGCAAAGCCAUCGUGGACGGGAACCUGAAGCUGAUCCUGGGUUUGAUCUGGACGCUCAUCCUGCACUACUCCAUCUCCAUGCCCAUGUGGGACGAGGAGGAUGAGGAGGAGGCCAAGCGCCAGACGCCGAAGCAGCGGCUGCUGGGCUGGAUCCAGAACCGGCUGCCGCAGCUGCCCAUCACCAACUUCAGCAAGGACUGGCAGAGCGGCAGGGCCCUGGGGGCCCUGGUGGACAGCUGUGCCCCAGGGCUGUGCCCCGACUGGGACUCGUGGAACCCGAGCCGCCCGGUGGAGAACGCGCGCGAGGCCAUGCAGCAGGCCGAGGAGUGGCUGGGCAUCCCGCAGGUGAUCACGCCCGAGGAGAUCGUGGACCCCAACGUGGACGAGCACUCUGUCAUGACGUACCUGUCGCAGUUCCCCAAGGCCAAGCUCAAGCCGGGGGCGCCGCUGCGCCCCAAACUCAACCCCAAGAAGGCGCGGGCCUACGGGCCAGGGAUCGAGCCCACCGGGAACGUGGUGCAGCAGCGCGCCGAGUUCACGGUGGAGACGAUCAGCGCGGGGCAGGGCGAGGUGCUGGUCUACGUCGAGGACCCCGACGGGCACCGCGAGGAGGGAUCCAAGCCCACCGGGAAGCUGGUGCAGCAGCGCGCCGAGUUCACGGUGGAGACGAUCAGCGCGGGGCAGGGCGAGGUGCUGGUCUACGUCGAGGACCCCGACGGGCACCGCGAGGAGGCCAAGGUGGUGGCCAACAACGACAAGAACCGAACGUUCUCCGUGUCCUACGUGCCCAAAGUCACCGGCGUCCACAAGGUGACGGUGCUGUUCGCGGGCCAGCACAUCGCCAAGAGCCCCUUCGAGGUGCAGGUGGGCCGGGCGGCCGGGGACGCGGCGCGGGUGACGGCGGCGGGGCCGGGGCUGGAGCCGCUGGGCAACGCGGCCAACCGGAGCACGCACUUCGACAUCUGCACCGCCGGCGCGGGCCCGGGUGAGGUGGGGGUCUCCAUCGUGGACCCCAGCGGGCGCCGCGGGACCCCCGAGGCGGUGCUGGAGGAUCGUGGGUCUGGGGGCUUCCGCUGCUCCUACAAACCCCAGAGCGAGGGGCUGCACCUGGUGCACGUCACCUUCGGGGGGGUCCCCAUCCCCCGCAGCCCCUUCAGCGUCACCGUGGGCCAGGGUGAGCCCCCUCCCCAAAUUCUGACCCGGGGGGCUGCGCCCACCCCCCACCUUUGGG